AUGUCCGAAACAACCAACCUGCCAGAAACUGUUUCAAGAGAGAUAACAGAAGAUAGUGGCAGUAAACAAUCAACUGAUGCUGAUAGAUCCACUCUUCCAAGUGAGGAUUCAAAUGAGAAAGUAACAACCACAACAGAGAAGAACUCUUCAGAGAUUGUGAAUAUCCAAUCACCGAUCCCCACUCAUAAUUCAGAAUCAGACAAGAAUAUUUCUAUAGGUAUCAAUAAUGCUUCAGAUGUAACUCAGGUGCAACAGAUAGCGUCUAAUAACGAAAACACUGUUCAAAUACGUGAGGAACAUGAGCAACCAAAAGUGUAUGAACCAGUAGUUGAACCUCAUGAUGAGUUAGAACAACUGAAAGAAAUAAUCCCUGAAAAAGAAAUUCAACAAGUUGAUAAUUUACAGGAGGAUGAGUUAGACCAGAUUAACGAUGAAUCAGCAAAAAGUACAAAGAAACCAAAGUCUUCCGAAACAGAAAAAGUAAAAGCAGAUACCAAUCAAGUAGAACAAUUGUCGGACGAAGAAAUCAAUGUUGAUGAUAUUUCUAGUGAUGACAGCAGUGAGGGUUCAAGUACAGAAGAAAGUCUGAGUGACAGUUCAUCAAAUGAAUCGAGUGACGAGCAUGAGAUUUCCAACAUUGAUUAUAACGAUGGCGAGGAUGAAGAUGAGGAUUCAAAUGAAGGUCCCGUCAAAUCUGUCCACGAAAUAACUGACGAAAAGGCACCUUCAUUGCCCGACAAUUAUGAAAUAUCGCCCAAUGCACCUAUCGAGGAAAUUGGUGAAGUUACUGGAUUGGUUGAAAAUACCAUGAUAAUCAAGGCAAGAACUUCUGGGGAAUUUCGAAUUUUACAAGAAAAAUCUGUAUUCUGUUUUGAGGAUAGAACCGUGAUAGGCCCCUUGUUUGAAAUAUUUGGUAGGGUGCAGCAACCAGUUUACAGCGUCAAAUUCAAUUCUGAAGAACAGUUUUUGAAAUUCAAAGAUAGCAAAGGGAAAACGGUAUAUUAUGUUGUACCUGACUCGCAGUUUUUGUACACUGAUUCCAUCAAGCACAUAAAAGGAACUGAUGCAAGUAAUUGUCAUGAUGAAGAACUCCCAGAGGAGGAACAAGAAUAUUCAGAUGACGAAAAAGAACUGGCCGCAAAACUGGCUAAAAAGAAGAAGAAGAAUAAGAAGAAUAAAGAUAAACCGACAGUCACUUCUGGACCGUCCUUACCAAACAAGAGACAGAAGGUUUCGGCAUACUCGCCUAUCGCAACUCACUCUCAAAAUACUUUUCAGAAUAGAGGAAGACAAAUUCUGCCCCAGAACAAUACUAUUUACAACAAUUAUGGCCAACAGCCACCAGCACCAGCACCAGCACCACAACAACAACAACAACAACAACUGCCCCCGGCUGCUCAAUAUGGACAGCCUUAUUAUCCACAAACAGAUUCAUAUAAUAGCAUAAUGGGACAAACUCCACAGUAUCCACAACCUAGUUUUGGCCAGAGUCAACAUUUCUACCAAAACGCAUACAACCAACAAGCGCAACCCCAAUAUCAACCAUCAUACCCAAUACCUCAACAAUACAAUCAGUACCAACAACAACCACAACAACAGUUCAACACUAACAUGCUGAAUGCACAAAUUCAACAACAAGUCAAUCCUGCACAAUUAGAGCACUUACAAAGAUUACUUUUACAGCAUUUACAAAACAAUCAGACUCAAUACCAACACCCACCGCAAUAA